AAACAAUGUCCCUCCUCUUGCCCCCUCCGUUGGACAUUAUUUACCAUCCUGCCACUCGAACCUCGGUUCCAUUCCCUUCUAGGCCCUGGUUUCUAAAACCUGGGUUAGUGUCGGUCUCCUUCUCCUCCAUUCUCUUCUUUAGGGUUAGAGUUUUUGGGGAGAGCACUUUCUUGGGCUACAUUGUGGCCGGCAUCCAAUUUUGGAGAAUUUUCAAAGAUGGGCUCAAUGCAGCCUGCUUUAUGUUCUUUGAUCCUUAUGGGGAAGGAAGGAGUGUAAAAGUACUAUAGGAAAUAUUCUAUGAAUAUGUAAAGAACUAAGAGCAUUAGAAGAUGUCUGAUGCAAGGCGGCAUUCAGUAGAAAUCCCUCUUUCAAAAACUUUAGUGGCACUCAAAAGAGUUCGAUCGCUAAGGGAUCCAGCAACCAUCUCUAUGAGCAAGUUUGCAACAGCUGUAGAAAAUAUAAGCUGGCAAACAAAUUCUUGCAAUGGUGCAGCGUUAGACUUAAACAAUUCUGAUAAACAACUUGUAGUUCAUUCUGGUAACUGUCAUUUGAAAGAAGAAAUUGAGGAUCAUGGAAGUAAUCCUGAGUCGGAUCAUGGCUCGAGAAUACCCAGAAACAGAAGUACUGCUUCCAAAAAGUCUUCUGUCGUCAAAAUUAGAGGCUUAGAUCCAAAAAGAACCAAGCUAAUUCAUAAAACUCGUCGAGACCGACUGCUUAAAUCACAGCAUUCUGCAUGGGUAGAACAUUCUACAAACCAUGUGGAAGAGGAAGUGGAUUCAUAUAGGGAACCAGACCGGGAAUUGACCAAGAGGGUCAAUGCGACAAUAGGAAAGAAGUCUCGUCAUGGCAAUUUGAGGAAGUCAUCUACUGCAUUGAGCCGUGUAGGAAGUCCAUGCAUGUCUUUGAGUGAACCACGGACAAAUGCUUCGAGACAUAGCACCUUGGGGCGUACGACUGAGGAGACCCAAAUAAAAUCCAAUGAUGUUGUUGAUUCAAAUUUCAGUGGGUGUGGAAUCAGUUACUGCUGGUCAGGAACACCAAAAUACAGGGACCGGAAUUUUUCUUCUGAAAGUGAAGAUCAGGAGCAACCUUUGUUAUCUGCUGAAGGGACAGAGACAGCCUACAGAGAUGCUGCUCCCUGUCCAGAGAGCCCAAGAAGUUUGAGCCAGAAAUUUAGACCAAGAUCCUUCAACGAGCUAGUUGGGCUGAAUGUAGUUGCUCAGUCUCUUUUGCACGCCAUAUCCAAGGGAAAGGUGGCUCCAAUAUAUCUGUUUCAUGGUCCUCGUGGUACAGGUAAGACAUCAACUGCAAGGAUUUUUGCAGCUGCUUUGAACUGCCUUUCUUUUGAGGAUCAAAAGCCAUGCGGAUUCUGCCAUGAAUGCAUUUUUGUACUCUCUGGAAGCUGUAGGGAUGUCAAAGAGCUGGAUGCUGUGAAAAUUAGUCGUGUAGCUAGGGUCAAAGCUCUUGUGAAGAGUGCAUCUCUUGUUCCCCUUUCCUCACGCUUUAAGGUCUUCAUAAUUGAUGAAUGCCAGUCCCUAGGAGGGGAGGCAUGGGCUGCCAUUUUCAAAAGUCUUGAUGAACUUCCUCGAAAUGCUGUAUAUGUGAUGAUUACUUCUGACCUGGAUGAGCUGCCGCGUAAUUCCAUAUCACGCUGCCAAAGAUUCCACUUUCCGAAGAUAAAGGAUGUCGAUAUGGUCUGCAGGUUGCAAAAAAUUUGUAUUGAAGAAGGAUUAGAUUUUGAGAAGGAUGCGUUGUACUUCAUUGCUGCGAAGUCUAAUGGUUCUCUUCGAGACGCAGAGACAAUGCUUGAUCAGCUUAGCUUGCUUGGGAAGAGAAUCACAGUAUCUCUUGCAUAUGAGCUUAUAGGAGUUGUCUCUGAUGAUGAGUUGCUCGACUUGCUAGAUCUAGCACUGUCUUCAGACACUGCUAAUACAGUUAGAAGGGCAAGAGAGCUUAUGAGUUCGAGGGUUGAUCCUCUGCAGUUAGUAUCACAGCUUGCAAAUCUUAUUAUGGAUAUUCUUGCUGGAAAGAGCCAAUCAGGAUUUUCUGAAGUUGGCAGGAACUUUAUUGGAAGACAUGCUUUUGCUGAGAUUGGCAUGCAGAAACUGAGACAUGCAUUAAAAGUUCUUUCUGAAACGGAGAAACAAUUGAGGGCAUCAAAAAAUCAGUCCACAUGGCUUACGGUUGCUCUUUUGCAGUUCAACACUGGAGAAUCUUCUCCUCUAAUGGAAAUUAGUGAUUCACAGGCCUAUGCGAGGAUAACAUACAUGAGAGAUGGCAAGGUGUCAAGCAUAUGUUCUCCAAAGGGGAGUUUAAAGAGCUCUGCUUGUUACACGAGUAACCACAACAAGUCAAAUUGUUCAGAGAAAGAUUGCAGCAGAAAAAAACUGGAGAACAUCUGGAAGGAAGCCUUAACAAAAUGCCAGUCAAACUCUUUAAAAAGCUUCUUACAUAAAGAAGGGUACUUAUCAGCAGUCUAUGUCAAUGAAGGUCUAGCAAUCGCUGAAGUUGAAUUCUGUCAUCCUGAUCAUGUGUCCAGGGCUGAGAAAUCACAGAACCUAAUAGCAAAUCUACUUCAGCUUGUUCUGGGUUGCAAUGUAGAUAUUAGAGUCAAACUUGUCCCAGCAUCCAUGAGAAGGGAUGCCAAAUGGAAGAAGCUAUCAUUUAGUUUGCUGAGCUGUUCAGGUAGGAAGAAAGAAAAUUCAGAUUCAACAGUGUCAGAAGAUGAAAAUGAAACAUCUGCAGGAAGAGAGACAUCUUUCAAAGUUUAUUUAUCUCACCAUGGGCAGCAGUUGCCACCUUCCAUUCAGCAGUUUGAUUGUAAAUCACUGCAUGACUUUCAUGAUACAAAAGCAGUCACUAUUAGAAAUGCUGAAGGGAAUGCUCAAAGCAUUGAAACUACGGCAUCUGAUAGAUCUAUGCUAGAUGACCUGCCAACCAGAUGCAAGUUAGAAUCUGACUUUUCAACAGAAGUAGGUGAAGAGGUUCCAUAUGUUAGCAUCCAAGAACCUGAAACUCAGCCAAACUGUUUUUCACGUACGUUGAAAUUCCAAAGAAAAUUAUUUUCAUCUGAUGGUUCUCAUACAAUCUGUUUAAGAGUCCAGCCGCACAACAAACUGGAAUUGUCUGUUCCUAAGAAGGGAGCAUCUGAAACAUAUUUCUGCACAUAUGAUCCUUACAAUUUACGUUCUAGAUCAAUUUCCCAGGUCACCUGCAAUUCUGGUGAAGAUAAUCCAGCGAGCGAAGAUUCAAGGUUUAGCUCAAAGUUACUUUGUUGGAGGACUCCCAAGGCUUUCCAUUAGAAAGGUUUUUACAGAUAGGAUGCAUGGAUCAAAAAUUGUAUUGUAACUAGGGUAAGUUGGGAUCACAUUGUUCUUACAGCCAUGGCAGCAAACAUAUCAUCAACAAGGAUUUUGGUUGUGUAAAUUUUAUCUUGCAAAGACUCCUAAGAGCAGUCAAGACACAUUAAGGAGGAGGUGCACCUCUAGGAGUUGCAUCUGAUUUUGUUUCAUCAAUUUUUGGAGGCUCACUUAAGAUCUGUACAUGAAAUUUGAGAGCCAUUUAGAAUGAUGACUACCCUGAUGUGCUUUUUCUCGAGGAAUUGCAUAGUGAGUGGAUGAUCCAAGAAGCCUUGCCUCCAAGUAUGUUGUUCUGUAGUUCCAUGCCUCCCCAAGCAAAAGGAUGCAUGAUUUUUAGGUAUUUUAACAGGCAGGGAAAUCUGUAAGGCCAUUAACUAAGCGAACUUGCGUUAUGAGGGCUUAAAUCAUCUUGUUUAGUUUAUUUGUUGGUUUAUGGACGAUAUUAUAGAUGAACUCUUAAUUGGUUGCAUGGAACUGUUAUGUGCAGUACUUUCAGGAGCUCAUCAUCUGCUUCAUUUU